CCUUUCGAAAGAGGCAGGCAGCUGCAGGGUGAGGAUAUGAGGACAAAGAUUGCACCCAGAGAAAACAAACGCUGCUUGAAGACCGUGGCUAUCUUAACAAAGCGAGUGUUUAACGUUACCGUCUCCGAAAUUUGUCGAAUCAAUGAAAACGCGAAAUGUCAUUUGUCGAAUAUUUUUUUCACAGAAAGCUAUGUUUUCUAGAAAACACGACGAAGCCGACAGUGGCUGUCUCGUAGGAGCGAUAAUGUUCAGGCCUGUCACAGCUGGCUUGUUCAGAUUUUGUCCAUCACAUCAAUGACCAUGGAUGUCAGAGCAGUUCUGGAGUUUGCCACAGUUGCCAGGGGUCUGUCACUGUUCCUGCAGGCGGUCCUGAAUGCUGCCAUUCCUGACCAUGAUGCUGAUGCGUUCAGGCCCCCCCGGACAGAGGAGCCUCUGUACUUGGACUGUGCGGUGGAGUGGUUGUUGGGUGGGCUCUCUCACUGGGAUGCCGAGCAUUACCUCUUCAUUGCUGAGAGAGGAUACCUUUAUGAGCACAACUUUGCUUUCUUCCCGCUCUUCCCUGUCGUCCUGCGAGGCCUGGCAGACACGGUACUGUGGCCUCUGAGCAGCUGGCUGAGUGUGCGGGGGCGUUUGCUGGUGGCUGUGGCCCUGGGGAACAGUGCCCUCUUCUUGCUGAGUGUGGUCGCCUUGCAUGCGCUUAGUAGGAUAGUUCUUCAGGACAGGCGCCUUGCUCUGCUCUCCAGCCUGCUCUACUGCAUCACACCUGCCAAUGUUUUCAUGACUGCCGGAUACUCAGAGAGCCUGUUUGCUGCGCUCACAUUCGGUGGCCUGUUCCUCCUGGAAAAAGGAUUCACCUUUCGGGCCUGCCUGGCGCUCAGUAUAGCCACUGCAGCACGAUCCAAUGGACUUGUUAACAUAGGAUUCCUACUAUAUCUUCCAUCACUGCACGCUAUUUCCCAAAUUCGUGUAUAUAGAACAACAACAAAAGGCCACACUAAAGUCUUGCACUACAUUUGGGUCAUCAUCCGUCUCCUGCUAACCUCCCUCUUGGGAACUGCAAUUAUUGCCCUUCCCUUCUGUGCGUUCCAGUAUUACGGGUAUAGGACGUUUUGCACACCAUCCGUCUCCUUGGAACGGAUCCCACAUGCUCUUCUGUCACUAGCUGAGCGGAAGGGCUACAGGGUUCCUGAUGAAAAUGGUCCACCACCACUCUGGUGCAUGAGACCCCUCCCCCUGCUUUAUUCUCAUAUCCAGGAUGUGUACUGGGACGUGGGCUUCCUCCGCUACUUUGAGCUGAAGCAGAUACCAAACUUUAUUCUGGCUCUACCCAUGGCUACCCUCGGCAUAAUGGCAGCUUAUGCAUACUUUCAAGCUAACCCAGAGCUGUGUCUGAGACUCGGACUUUGGGAGAGCGGCGCAAGUAAAGGGCUUGACAAACCCACACCGGGACUGUUCAACCCCAGGGUGUUUGUGUAUGUUGUACAUUCAACAGUACUCCUGGUGUUUGGAACACUGUGCAUGCAUGUGCAGGUUUUAACCAGAUUCAUGGCCUCCUCGUCUCCCGUGCCCUUCUGGAUAAGUGCUCAUCUGCUCCUGCUCAAUGAACCACUUCUCCAUCGAAGGAAAACCUCAAACCCCAACGUACAGCUACAGACACAUUCACGAAAUGGAUGCAAGCACACGCCUCAAAACCCCAUCAUUGCUCUGCUGCCACACUUUACAACUUGUUCUCCUACCACACAGAGCAUCCUGGGAUACUUCCUCUCUUACUGGGUGCUGGGCCUCGCACUGCAUUGUAACUUCUUGCCAUGGACAUGACUUACUCUGGGCUUUAAAUGCAAUAUUUCUAUGUAGGACUGGGCUGUAUACCACAUUUUAAAUGCCAUAAAUCCACGCACAGGUGUUUUUUUCAGCACAUCAAUCAAUUGUUAAAUUGUUCAUUGCAGUAGCAUUACAAAGAAAUUGCUGUGAUUAUAAUCAUAUACAUGGAUGCAACAUUUUAUCAAUUAUCAGAUACUUUGCCUCAUAUUAUGAUUAUACUGCUCAGUCCUACAUAGAACUUAUAGACAUGAUUACAUUUUUGAUGCAGAUUCAUUCAUGCAAUAGUCAGCUGUGUUUACUACUGCAUGAAUGAGUCUCAGUUAAAUGUGUUUGCAACCGUUUGAGAACAAACUCACAUGUACAAUAUACCUGAAACUUUAUUGAACACCGUUUAGUUGUAAAUCUUAGGAAGACUGGUUGUACUAUUUCUUGCUGAAGCGUUGAAUUUUAUCUUCUCACGUUAAUAUUGCACUGCAUGUUUGGAAGAAUUCUUCCAAAUUAUAUUUUGGGGUGUUUUGGAUGUAAAAACAGAUUUUGUUGCUGUAAAAGGAUCCUCAUUUUAGCUUUAAUUUUUUAUGUAAAGGUCAUGUUUUUUGUUGAGGCAUUAAUGUAAAACUGCUGUAUUGUGUUUUGUUGUAAAGUACAUUGGUUGCAAAAGUUAAGCCUGGAAUUUAAAAAUUAAACAUUUGACAAUUCUAAACAAGAA